UGUUUUUCAUUCUUGUUUAAAUACCAAAAUUCCUCAAAACUUUUCUACCUUACUAUUUCUUACUCCUAUCAUUCAACCCACAAAAAAAAAUUAAACCCACAUAUACAAUUCAAAACCGAUCAAAACCCAUAAUUCUUCAUCUUUUUUUCACACCAAACGAAAAUGGUAAGUGGAUUUAUUUGUGGUACCAAUAAUUUUUCAAAGGAAGAAGAUGAUUAUGAAAGACAUACUAGAAGUGCAGACUCUUCCCCUAGAAAAUCAAGACCCUCAAAAUCCAAUAAAAACCCGUAUUCGACCCGCGGACUUGACAAAUUCUCAGCUCUUCUUGCAGAAAUCGAAGAAAAAAGACAACAAAUCUACUCUCAACUUGACCCGGAUCAGAUUUCUUUAGUCCGAUUCGUUUAUGAAGGAGAUCAUGAGUUUAAACCCAUUGUUGUUAAAGUUAAACCCAAGAAUUCAGCUGAUUAUAAUCACGAAAUCAAGAACCCUAAAAUUGAUUUUCAGAAGCCGAUUAAAUUAAGUAAGUUAAAUUCUUCUAUAUCGAUGAAUAUUAAAUCCGAAAAUGGGGUUGAAAAUGAGGGUAAUAAGAAGAUGAGUUUAUGCAGAAAAUUUAGGGUUCAUCAAUGGAGGGAUUCUCAGUUAUAUUUAAUCAUAAUUGUUGUUCUGAUUUUGAUGUUUUUGGUGUUAUUUGGGAGAUCUUUUGCAAUUAUGUGUACUUCAAUUGGGUGGUAUGUUGUUCCAAAUAUUACAAAAUGCUCAAAUUCUGGUUCAAAUUUUAAGGGUUCUUUUAAGAAGAAAGAUCAAGUAAUUAGAAGAUUGAGUCAAAAAAAACUCAUGACAAGUGAAGGCACAAAAUCAUUUAAGACCUAAAUUUGAAUCACAAGAGUUUUUUGGGUGUGUAUAUUAUCCUUUUUUUCUUUGCUAAAUUGUUGAAAAUAAUUUAACUUUUCACUUAUUUUUGUGAAUAAUUUCACUUCUAAAAUAUUAUUUAAAAAUCUAAUUUUUAGUAUUUUUUUUUUCACCCAACAUAUCUAAUAACUUAAACUCUAAAGGUGCUUAUGGCUUAAUGAAUAGAGCAUCUGCAUGUUGAACAGAAGGUUUGGGGUUUGAUCCUUUACUUCUUCCUUGAGGGGAAUAAGUAUAGUUUGUCCGUAUCUUUCAAUAAAAAAAUACCCCCACCUAGACUAUGUCUUGUGCGAAAUACUGGGUCUGAAAGUGUACUUUACCUUUAUACCCAGUGACCUAAACACCAUAACCCUACCACAUGAACCACUACAACUCCACCCUCUCCUAGUCCACCGGGUAUGCUAGGAGCAAAUACAAAUUAAAGAUGAGAUUAUUAAAAAAUAAUCAAUAGAUUAGACUAUUUACAGCGAAUGAGUGAAAGAUUGAAUUAUUUUCAUCGAUUUUUUCUUAUUCAUAAUGUAAAUUUUUUUCUUCAUUUUUUAAUUAGAAAAUAGGGCGAAAUUAAGAUGGCAAUUAUUGUAUUUACGGAGUUAUGUAGUUUUUGAUAUAUCGAAUUGAUAUUUCAAUCAAAUUGUAAAUGUGUAAAAAUAAGUUCUAUGUUGGUUCAGGGAUUAUUAUUCUAUGUAAUGUUUGGCCGAUUUUUAAGGGUAGAACUAUGUAGUAUGUAUCAUCUUGUUACCGCAUUUUCGCGACCGUCGCAUGGUUGACAAGUGAAGGGAUCGGACAAAGUCGUUUAAGACCUCUGAUUGAAGAACAUAACUAGGAAAUUCACAUCAGAAGAGUUUUUGACCAAUUCUAGUCUAAUUUUCAAGGCUUUUUUUUUGUUUUUAUUUUACGAUAUACUUCAUUUGAUUUUAAAUGAAGUAGUUGUUACAUUCUUGUAUUUUUCCCAUUAUUUUAUGUAUAGUUUUUAAUUUUUAAUAUAUACAUUAAACAAA